GGGAGUGUUGGGUGUGCGGCGGCAUGGAGGCGCAGGAGUUGUUUCGGCGGUUGGGUGCCGGUGCUCGCUUUGAUGUGCGGCGAUUCGGGCAAGAUGCGCGGCGUUUCGGGGUGAUAAAGGGGAGCGGCGGCAGUGUCUCGCUGGAGAGCCUCGACUUCUUCGGGUGCAAGGAGAGAGCCCCCCUGGAAUCUGCUGAGGAGGGCUGGGGGCUCGCGGGGGCUGAAGAGGAGCUAAAGGAGCAGCAGCAGCAGCAGGAUGGAGCAGGGAAAAACAACGGCGAGAUGGCAGGAAAGAGAAAAAGAACUGCAGUGUGCAGUGAAGGGAUGAAAAAAAAGAAAAAGAAACGAGAGGCAGCAUCAAUGCCAGAGUUGUCAGAAGGUAAUGGAAUAAAGUGGAUGUCCUCUCUGGAUGCAAAAUUUGAAGAUGCAAAAGACAAAAAACCUACUGCAGAAAAACUUGAACGCUUGAGAAGAGAAAAGAUAAACCGCUUCAGAAACCAACACAAGAUUACUAUUCAAGGAACAGAUCUUCCUGACCCAAUUGCCACAUUUGAUCAACUUCAAAGGGAAUACAAAAUCCACCCAAAAAUCAUGGAGAAUAUUCAAGCUGCUGGCUUCCAGGUCCCAACACCCAUCCAGAUGCAAGCUAUUCCUGUCAUGCUUCAUGGUCGGGAACUUCUAGCUUCAGCUCCUACUGGGUCUGGAAAAACACUGGCAUUCUGUAUUCCUCUCUUAACACACCUGAAACAGCCUAGGAACAAAGGAUUCAGAGCUCUGAUCAUAUCACCUACGCGAGAACUUGCCAGCCAGACACAUCGGGAACUGCUGAAGUUGGCUGAGGGGACAGGCUUCAGAAUACAUAUGAUCAACAAGGCAGCUGAAGCAGCAAAGAAGUUUGGGCCCAAGUCUUCUAAGAAAUUUGAUAUACUAGUUACUACUCCAAACAGGCUCAUUUAUUUGCUGAAACAAGAUCCUCCAGCGAUAGACUUGACCAGUGUGGAGUGGUUGGUGGUGGAUGAGUCAGACAAACUGUUUGAAGAUGGGAAGUCGGGGUUCCGAGACCAGCUGGCCUCCAUCUUCCUGGCAUGCACGUCCCACAUGGUGAGAAGAGCUUUGUUCAGCGCAACCUUUGCACGUGAUGUAGAGGAGUGGUGUAAACUCAACCUUGACAGUGUUGUUCUGGUGUCCGUGGGAGCACGAAACUCUGCAGCGGAGACGGUAGAACAAGAGCUGUUGUUUGUUGGAUCUGAGACAGGAAAAUUAACAGCAAUGCGAGAGCUCGUUAAAAAGGGUUUUGCUCCUCCGGUCCUUGUUUUUGUACAGUCUAUUGAGAGGGCUAAAGAGCUUUUCCAUGAACUUAUUUAUGAAGGCAUCAACGUGGAUGUCAUCCAUGCAGACAAAACUCAGCAACAGAGAGAUAAUGUAGUACACAGUUUCAGAGCUGGGAAGAUCUGGGUGCUUAUCUGCUCAGCCUUGCUAGCUCGAGGGAUUGACUUCAAAGGAGUGAAUAUGGUCAUUAAUUACGAUUUGCCAACGAGUGCAGUGGAAUACAUCCACAGGAUAGGUCGUACUGGAAGAGCAGGGCACACAGGAAAAGCAGUCACUUUCUUUACAGAAGACGAUAAACCUUUAUUAAGGAGUAUAGCCAAUGUGAUUCAGCGAGCUGGCUGUCCUGUGCCAGACUACAUAAAACACUUUCCCAAACUGCAAAGCAAACAAAAGAAGAAGUUCAUUAAGAAACCAUUGACAAGAGAAUCCAUUUGUACCACCCCUGAGUGCUUCUUAAAAAAGACCAAAAGAAAAAUGAAAACUACAAAGGAAAAUACUAAGGACAAAAAGAAAGUUAAAGCAGCUAAAAAUAGCAAUAACUUACAGACUGUUUCAAAAAGCUGAGUAGCAACAGACUAUGUGUGAGCUGGGGCUGACACCUGUGUCCGUACUGAAGAACAGAAGAAUGAAGAUAGCAGCAAAAGAGGAGAAAAAUAUUUCUUAUGUUUCCUUUUGGGUGAGGAUGGAUGUUCACAUGCAAGAACGUCUCUACUGAAAUACCAGUAGAGGAUUCCAGAAUGCUUCUCAUAGAAGCUGAAGAGAGUGCUCUUGCAGUAAAUGCCUUGUAUUUCUGAACAAUAGUUCAAAAAUAGCAUCUGUCUGUGUUACUCUCACGUGGUUUGGUAUUACUCCUUGGAAAUACUGUCAGUUCUGUGUUCAGAUCAUCCCUAAUGUGUUUGUCAGACUUCCAGAAGAUUCAGUGGCAGAGAACACACAGCUUAGUGUUUGGCUUGAUAAAUGCAGCUGUCAAAAGACUUCCCUGGACACUAAAAAAAACCAAACCAACCCCACUUGUACAUGAAAAUAAAGCCUUGCUCCUUCUA